UACUCUGCAUGUACUCAUGGAGGAUGGUGCCGCAGAGAGUAAGACGGGUUCUUCCUCGGUUUCUUCCUCCGAGGCUCCGAGGACCCCGAACACGGAGCUGAAGAAACUUCUGCUGUUCAAGGUCUACAAGAGGAGGUGGUUCGUCCUGCUCGUUCUGUGUCUGUUGAACUGCUCCAACGCCACGUUAUGGCUGACCUUUGCACCAGUAGCGGACCGGUCUGCCAAGUUCCUGGGGGUCAGUCUGGAGAAGAUCAACUGGUUGUCAGUGGUCUACAUGGUGGUGGCCAUACCGCUCAGCUUUGGGUCCACGUGGAUGCUGGACACCCUCGGGCUGCCACGGAUCUGUCUGAUUUUGGGGGCGUGGCUAAACAUGUUCGGGGCCCUGCUGCGCUUCAUCGGGGCGUCCGUGUACCCGGAGGGCCCGGGAUUCACAGCCAAGUACCUGUUGGUGAUGUCGGGUCAGACCCUCGGGGCCAUGGCUCAGCCUCUCUUCAUUUUCACCCCCACCAAGGUGGCGGCUCACUGGUUCCCUGACCACCAGCGCGCCACCGCAAACAUCGCCUCCAUGUCCGGAUUGGAAGGGUUCGUAGAGAUUAUGGAGAUUGAGGUUUUUCUGCUGCAGCACCAGAGAACUGCCGUAGCUGUCGUCUGCUCCCUUUUUGGUUUUUUCGGGUUCUCCAUAUACCCGGUAGCUAUGGAGCUGUCGGUGGAGUGUUCGUAUCCCGUUGGGGAAGCAACGUCAGCCGGACUCCUCUUCGUAUCGGGACAGAUUCAGUCCGUCCUCUUCAUCGUCCUCCUUCAGUCUCUCACUAAACGCCUCACGGACUCUCCGCUGUCGACCUGCGGGGACAUCGUCCUGAGCUGGAAGGUGCCGCUGAUGUUGAUGGCCGGGCUGUGCACCUUCUUCAGCUGCUGCUUCGUGAUCUUCUUCAACACGCGAUACCGGCGGCUGGAGGCCGAGGAGCAGGCGGUGUACGGGACCAAACCGAGAGCCGCCUCGACGGGCUCCAAGGACGCUCCAAGCGUGCAAGGCGUGAAACGAGACAGACAGCUCUGUGGCAAAUACAUCUGUGCGUUUAGCCCCUCAGAGUGUCACAUACAGCUUGCUGAUAAAACCUUCUGCCAGGUCUAA